UCUUCUAUAUUUCGGGCGAAGGGAGUGUCACAGCAUUAAUUGAAAGAAAUUGAAAUUGAAAUUGAAAUUGGCAUCAGAGCAGAGAUGACGGAUGAUGCCGAGAAGCGCUUCGAGAGGGCAAUGGACAAACUAUUCCACCCCAAAUUGUCAUCAUCUGCUACCAGAAAAAAAAAUUCAUUUAUUUUUUGUAUACGGAGUCUUGACAGUUCUCCUGGAACUUCUUCACCCAAGGAACUUGCAAAUAGUGUACAUAAAGCAAUGCCUGGACAGAUGUCAAAGGGUCCAUCGUCUUCAAGAAUCAGUCCACAACCCCGUAGAUUAUCUGGGAGCAAUCUAAAAUCUACAUUGACAUCUACAAGCUCACCUGCACCAAUGUGUAGACCUUGGGACCGAAGAGACCUUGUGAGGCGUUUGGCUACUUUCAAGUCCAUGACAUGGUUUGGAAAACCCAAGGUUGUUGGUCCAGUGAACUGUGCAAGGAGAGGUUGGGUAAAUGUUGACAUAGACUUAAUUGCUUGUGAAGCAUGUUGUACUCGCCUCAGCUUUUCCACUCCUCCUACAUGGACAAAACAGCAAGUGGAGAGUGCAGCUACUUUAUUCAGCACAAAGCUUGUUGAUGGGCACAAGUCUCAUUGUCCAUGGAAGGGAAAUGAAUGCGAGGAAACUUUGGCACAUUUUCCACCAACUCCAGCCCCAGCUCUUGUGGAAAGUUACAGAGAUCGAUGCGAUGCUCUCUUUCAGCUUCCGGCUCUACCUGUUGUGUCUUUUUCUGCCAUUGAGCAAAUGAAGAUAUCACGGGGUCCUCAGAUAGAUCGUCUUCUUGCUCAGCCUCCACCAUUACCAAUGUCAUUACUCUCCCGAUAUAGUGGAAAGAGAUCUGAUAUAGAGAUCAUGAGCAAUGAAUCUACUCUAACUCCUGCUAAUCUAUAUUAUCAGGCUCAAAGGAUUAUCAGUCUCUGUGGUUGGGAACCAAGGUUACUUCCUUACAUUGUUGAUUGUGAGGAUUACUCAAGUGAGAUUGUUAAAGAAGCAUCACCGCGCCUGUCCCAUGCUCAUAGUCCUAGUGUUCUUCUUCGUUCCAAGUCUCGAGCAAUUGAGGUAGCAGAAUCACCAAUAAACAAAUAUGCUGGCCUUCAGGAAAUGCCUGACCCAGCUUCCAUUGUUCUUGAUUGCACUCUUUGUGGAGCUAGUGUGGGAAUGUGGACUUUCUCUACAAUUUAUCGGCCUUUGCAGUUAACAUAUGAUUCAGUUGAAUCACAAAAUUUUUGCAAAAAAACAAAUGAGAGUGGAGUGUGUGGUUUAAGUGCAGCUAGUUGCAUUGGUGGAAUUUCAACCAGUGAAGACAAAGGCAAAGAACACCUUGAUGAUGUUGGUGAAGGUAUGACUAGUACCUGUCAAAAGAAUGCCUCAGAUGAACGAGUUCUGGAUUUGAGCCUCACAAUAGCAGGGGGCCUUCCACCAACUAAACAAAAUAGCAGUUCAUUGCUUCCCUUGCCUUCUAUUACACAGUUUAAAGCUGGGUUUCCUUCUGGCAGUGAAGUUGGCGAGAGGGUUACAUCCACUGAAUCACCCAAAGCUCAGGAAAAAAUGCAAUUUACCAGACAGCAUGGCAACUCUGUAAACAGCAGAAGAGACAUUACAGAAAGCAUAAGUAUCAACAGAGAAGGGAUUGACACUGCAGGGUCAUCAAAGCGUAAGAGAAUUGAAGGAAAUAGAUCUGAAAGGGUCAAUGAUACAGAUGGCAACACUAGAAACAAACGAAAGCGUGAUGGAGCCAUCAUUGGUGAAAGGUGUGUUCAGGAACUUGGCAGCAGUGAAUACCAUGGAUUUUCUUCUGUAAAUGCAGUUGAUACAUGUUACCGUGAUAGGAAGGAAAAUUCAACAGAUAGUGUAGAUAACAUUCCUCACUAUUUGUGCAAGAGUGAUGAAGGCAUUGAGGAGGGCACAGGAACAAAUAUUGCAACCUUAAGUACAGGUAGAAUAGGUGGUACUAGUGUGGGCAUGAGUGUUAAUGCUACACAGAUUGAUGCUCAUGGUGAAGUUUGUGGAAAUGACAUUUCAGUGAAUAGAGCUGAGAGUAGAGCAGCUGAAUCUGAAGUUCUUGUGGAAACUGCAAGAAGUGUACAACGAAGUGAGAUUGUUUCCAGGGGAGACAAACCACAUAAUGUCAGUAUUUGUGAAGAUAGUCAACAUGCUUUACUGGUAGAUCAAGCUGUGGCAGACAUUACCUCAAGUAAAGACUCUUUAGCUAAUGGAGUAAUCAUGGAUUUUCGAGCUGGAGGUGAGAGAUCUGAAGUGUGUGAGCCUACAGAGGUAAGUGAAAAGCAGGAGAAAUCUGAUUCUGUGAUGCCUGGACCUCACAACUGUGCAAAGAUUGACGAUGUUGUUAUUUCUAACUCAGGAAUAGAUUCAGAACAGAGUCCUCGGGGAAAGGGAAUGGAGUUUGAUUCCAUUAGACAACAUCGGCAUUUCUGCCCAUGGGUCCAUGUUAUAGGAGGCAUUCUUGGCAGUGACCAAAACACAGGACUAUGUGGAUGGCAGCUUACGAUUGAUGCACUGGAUCAAUGUAAUGCACAAGAACUGGCAUCUGCUUCCCUGAAAGAAUCAGAAUCCACCUCAUCUAGAUACAAGGUCAAUCCUGUGGCUUCAGUUCGCCAUUUGUUUGAAACUCCUUCAAAGAAAACCAAACGCAGUCAUGUCCAUAGUACAAAUGACAGCUAAAAGUUUUCAUGGAAUGCUUGUUGAUGAAAUCAUUCAGAUUUGCGCUAUUCCUGAGUGAGAUUGAUGUUACUGUAAAUGCAAUGCUUGUUUCUGACCUUUGUAUAUAAACUUCUGCAGAGGCCCUACAUUAUCUGAGUACAGAGAAGAUUUUGACUGUAUCUUUUAUUAUCUGGAAAUUUUCCUGGCUGGAGCACUUUUAGCUAAUUCCUUUAGGCAGAGCUACUGAUUGAAAAGUUUCAUAUCUAAUUCUUUUAAUCUUGUGUUCUAUAUCUGUAUUGAAAUUCCUUCUGAUAUCUUCCCAUCAAGUGCAUAUUGCUGACCGUCAUGUUCAAUGAAUCUUAUCCAAUUCUCUAGCUUAUUUGGGAUGGCAUAUUCAAAGAUUGCAUUUGUUGAAUGGAUGGUUACACAGGAUGCAGAACUUGCCAAUUUUUUUGCCUUGUUGGAUGAUCAACUCUCAUCUUGAAUGGAUAGUGUCAUUUUUUUAAUGUAAAAAUGAACAUAUCAUGCAUAUGCUGCGAAAUAAUAUAAAAAGCAUUGUGGAUC